AUGGCGCUUACAACAACGACACUCUUGCUCCUUCAGUUUGGAGUGCAAGGAACAGCUGUUCUCUUAUCAAUACUGGUCGUGCUGCGAUGCAUCUAUCGCCUGUUCUGGCACCCAUUGUCCGGCAUCCCCGGGCCCAGGAUUGCAGCGUGCACAUCGCUCUGGCUGGCCUACCACACAUUUGCUGGCGAUGAGAGUACGGUUAUUUUUGAGCUGCACAAAAAAUACGGCCGGACCCUCCGGGUGGCUCCCAAUGAUGUGGAUUUCGACGAUGGCGAUGCUGUCGGGCCCAUCUACGUCGCGCGAGGCGGUUUCCCCAAGACCCCGCAAUAUUCAAAAUUUGAUAUCGAUGGCCACCACACCAUCUUUUCCACCUUGACUUUGUCGGAACGUGCUCAGCGGGCCAAAGCCGUGUCUCCGUUGUUCUCAACCGCAUCAAUCCGCGAUGCUGACGCGACGCUGGACAAAGUGGUCGGCGACUUUGUACAACGACUGCGCAGCGAAGGCCAGACUGGGGAACCGGUGAAUCUGCUCAAUGCUGCUCGCGGCAUGGCCAUCGAUGCCAUCAGCGCCUAUCUUUUCCAGCAGCGAUACGGCGGUGUCGGAGAGAAAACUGAAGUCAUGUCUGCCUCGCCGUUUGUAGACGCCUUUGUCGGUGUGGGUGCGUAUUUCAACCUCUUGCCCGGCAGUGUUGGAGAUCUAAUCCAGCAAUUGACCGAAUAUUGGUGCGCCGACACCAAAACGAACACUGCAUUUACACUUAUAGACAAGUUCACCUCGCAACUUGUGGCCUCUUCCGUGCCCAAAAGUAGGAGCUAUCAAAGCCUGUUGCUGGAACAUGUUUCACCGCUACAGUCACAGAUUGAAUUGAAAGAUGUGUGUUUUGCAGGGACUGAUUCAACGAGUACAAACACGGCCACAAUUAUAUGGUACUCGCUUCUCCGUGAGGAAGUCCGACAAAGGACUGCUCAAAACGAAGACCUAAGCACAGGCCCAUAUCUACGUGGGGUCGUGCGUGAAGGCCUUCGACUUUCGUGGGCAAAUCCAACCCGACUCCCUCGCGAGGUUCCCAAGGGUGGUUGGCAAUUCAAAGGUCACUUCUAUCCGGAAGGAACCAGCGUCGGCGUCAGUGCCACACAGUUACAUCUAGACGAGGCUGUUUAUCCAGAACCCCAGAGCUUUCAACCUGAGAGGUGGGAGAAUGCCACAGACGCGAUGCUGAACAAUUUCUUCGCAUUUGGCAAAGGAACCCGGACAUGCAUAGCUAAGAAUCUGGCCAUGGCUGAACUUACGCUGGCGACAUUGAAG